AUAUUGCGUGUCUGCUUACAUCACACAACACCUGACCUGCGCGCCAGACAGAGAUCCAUCGAUUCCCGCUAAGUCACGCUGCACCAAGUACACAAGGCGCUGAGAGACAUUGUAGCAGCUUCUACCUGCUUAUAACUUUAGGACCAUGGCCACAGCUCUUCAAGGGCCGCGUCUCCAGAUUGCCGGAGACCGGCAGAGCGGCCAGGACGUGCGGACGCAGAAUGUGAUGGCUGUCACGGCUGUUGCAAAUAUCGUUAAGAGCAGCCUUGGUCCCGUUGGUCUCGAUAAGAUGCUGGUGGACGACAUUGGUGAUGUGACGAUCACGAACGACGGCGCCACCAUUCUGCGGUUGCUGGAGGUGGAGCACCCGGCCGCCAAGAUCCUGGUGGAGCUGGCGGAGCUGCAGGACUCGGAGGUGGGCGACGGCACCACCAGUGUGGUCAUCCUGGCGGCGGAGCUGCUGAAGCGUGCGAACGAGCUGGUGAAGAACAAAAUCCACCCCACCAACAUCAUCAGCGGAUACCGUAUCGCCAUGCGCGAGGCCUGCAAGUUCAUCGAGGAGAAGAUGGCCAUCCCCACCGAGUCGCUGGGCACGGAGACGCUGCUGAACACGGCGCGCACCAGCAUGAGCUCCAAGAUCGUGGGCGCGGAGGGCGACUUCUUCGCCAACAUGGUGGUGGACGCCAUGAGCGCCGUCAAGACAGUGGACGACAUCACCGGCAAGGCCCGCUACCCGGUCAAGGCCGUGAACGUGCUCAAGGCGCACGGCAAGAGCGCUCGCGAGUCGACGCUGCUCCGCGGCUACGCGCUGAACCUUGCCCGCGCGGCGCAGGGCAUGCCCAAGCGCCUGGCGCCAGAGGGCGGCAUUAAGAUUGCCUGCCUGGACAUGAACCUGCAAAAGGCGCGCAUGAUGAUGGGCGUGCAGGUGCUGGUGUCGGACCCCAAGGAGCUGGAGAAGAUUCGCGAGCGCGAGAACGACAUCACCAAGGAGCGCAUCCAGAAGAUCCUGGCCUCGGGCGCCAACGUGGUGCUCACAACCAAGGGCAUUGACGACAUGGCGCUCAAGUACUUUGUGGAGGCGGGCGUGGUGGCGUGCCGCCGCGUGGAGAAGGACGACCUGCGCCGCAUCGCCAAGGCCACUGGCGCCACGAUGGUGAUGACGCUGGCGGACAUGGAGGGCAACGAGACCUUCGACCCGGCGCACCUGGGCAGCGCCGAGGAGGUGGUGGAGGAGCGCGUGGCGGACGACAACAUGAUCAUGAUCAAGGGCUGCAAGUACAGCAAGGCCGUGACGCUGCUGCUGCGCGGCGCCAACGACUACAUGCUGGACGAGAUGGACCGCUCCAUCCACGACUCGCUCUGCGUCGUCAAGCGCGUCUUGGAGAGCGGCAGCGUGGUGGCAGGCGGCGGCGCGGUGGAGGCGGCUCUGUCCAUAUUCCUGGAGAACCACGCCACCACGCUGGGCAGCCGCGAGCAGCUGGCCAUCGGCGAGUUCGCCAACUCGCUGCUGGUGCUGCCCAAGACGCUGGCGGUCAACGCCGCCAAGGACGCCACGGAGCUGGUCGCUGCGCUGCGCGCGCUGCACUACAAGUCGCAGACCGUGGAGUCCGAGGCCAAGCUGUGCCAGAUGGGCCUGGACCUGGUGGAGGGCCGCGUGCGCAACAACGUGGAGGCGGGCGUGCUAGAGCCGGCCAUGAGCAAGAUCAAGAUGAUCCAGUUCGCGACGGAGGCGGCCAUCACCAUCCUGCGCAUCGACGACCUGAUCCGGUUGGAAGCACAGGGCGACGGCGGCGACGAUUGAGCGAGGACGGGCGUGCUCUUAGGAGUGGCGAGACAGGGCGUGGCGGGGCGUGCGGUGGGACACUAGGGUACAUAGCUAGGCGGCGCCAGGUGUUCAUCAUGCGGAUGGCGCAGAUGUUUGGUCGUCAUUACAUGGCCUGGCGUGAGGGGCCCAGGUGCGAGGGGGGACGUCUGCAAGGCAGCCACGCCAAUUGCGGAGCUGUCGGGGCAGGUCGGGGCUAGUUGUAAUCGGUGAGGCGGCUGACGUGGUGAGGUGGCUCGCGCAAGGGGUGGAGAGGCCGGAGGGGCCGAUGGCAUGAAGCCGCUCUUUGUCAAGGGUCGGGUGGACUCGCUC